GCCCACUGAAGACCACCCCUUCCCCUCACGCUACGUGUGCCUGUCUCACUGAUCAGUCUUCCUUGACUGCCUUGUCUUUGAAUGUGUAGUGCCUUCCCUCCAUCGCACGGCGGUGGGCUAUGGCCGCCUGCUUGGCGCCCUCAUAGCCCAGCUCGCGCACAGAGAACGGCUUGGUCCUCUGCUUGCCGCCCUCGUACCAGCUGGCGAUCCAUGAGUUGCUGGCCUUGUUGUAGUGAACACCCUUGACGCCGCUCUGGUGCUCCGAUCGCUUCUUGACCACCGCCCGACCGGUGCGCUCCAUCUCACGACGAUGCUCCUCGGCCAACGCCUGACGGACGGAGGCACGCAUGUGAGACACUCAGAGAGAUAGACAGAGGGAAUGGGCAACGUUAUGCGCACCUUGGCUCUGUCGAAACCAUGGUCACUGACGUAGAAGUACUUCUCGUUCUCCUUCCCCUUCUCGUACCACGAUGCCCUCCAGGCCUGCUUCCCCUCAUGCCAAAAAACACCCGCCACAUCCGACUGAUGCUCUGCAGUUGGCUGGACACACGAAGGUGAGUGAUUGCGUUGAAUUAGCUUCUUGGGUUCCUCACCUGAUUUGGUGAUGAUGGUCUUGCUCUUGGUGCUGGUCUUCUUGUCUAUGUCGGCGGCCCACUCGGGAUUGGACGCAUAGACGGACGACGGCACAUCACCGGCAGGCGCCGACGCACCAUCCCUCUUGGCUGCCUUGGGCCUCCGUCGUGGCUGGGGAGACGAUGAGCUGCUGCCGUCGUCAUCGUCGUCACAGCUGUCAGACCGACGCGCCGCCCGAGCCAUGCUGUCCCUCUGCCGACCACCGCGGCCGAUCGUUACGUCGCCUUCUCGACGCCCAGGGGGGCGGGCCGGGAGGCGAGAAAGACUGGACCGGGGAGGGCGGGAGGGGGGAGAGGGGUCGAGGGGCGGGUCGUCACUGGGCCUCUUGGUGCGCUUGCGACGCUGCGGGGGUGGGCUCCAGCCGAAUUGCCCCUCACGCAUCCCGCCGUCCAGCUGCCCCUCUCCCUGCUGUGCUCGCUGCAGCCACGACAGAUCGAUGGCCAUCGCCCGAUCGCCCACACGCGACUGAUGCAGUGCAUUGCGAUAGUCAACGGCCUCACGGAAGGCCGUGAAGAUGGCCUCAGGGGAGGCGCCAUAGCAGACAGGGAACUGACGCAAAUCGACGGUCGUCGAUGUGUCGUUGUCCCAAAAGUAGGCCUCGUAGGUGUAGUUGGUCCGCCACGCAAUGCCGAUCCUGACACACACACACACAGAUGCCACUGUCAACAUGAGAGCGUCAAUCAUGCCCUUGGCCAUACUCACCCGCCUCUGUCUGGCGCAGGGAAGUCGCCCGGCUGCUCCUCCCGCAUCCGCCGCAUCAACAUCCGAGCCAGCUCGUCACCACACAGCCCACCAAGACUCGUCAGCUCCCGAUGCGAGCCAUGGAACUCCUGGGCCCGCUUGGCGGGGACGCGGCCGUGUGGACCGCGCUGGCGCUUGGGAGGGCGGCUGUGGUUGAGGGAGCCAUCACGUCCAUCGCCACUGCCGUCGAGGGAGGGGAGAGGGAGCGGGUCGCGUGACGGGCGUCGCUUGCGACGAUCGCCAAGGCCUGAAAGGGGACACAACAGCAGGCAAAAUAAGAGAUAAUCGUGCCUUUGGUCCUACCUGUGUGAUCCACCUCACCCACCUGUGUCAUGACAUGCGCUAGGCUUGUUCUUGUGCUUGCGAGGCGGCGCUCCUGCUCUCUUCCCACGCUGCGGAGCCCUCCACUGCACCACGUGCCUCUGCUCGCCAGCCACCACAUCAGUGACGAUCUCAAACCGAUCGUCGGUGUCCACCGAUCCCGCCAGCACCACCGUCAGCAUGUCCGUCAGUGGCCACAGCUCCCAUCCAGUUUUCGUCCCGUCAGAGCUGCGAUGCACCGUCGCUCGCACACACAGGGGCUGGUUGGCGCCGCUCUCAGAAGGCCAUCCAGUGACCUCGAAAUGCCGCCCGUCCGCCAUCUUCUCGACACUGAACUGCAUGCCCUCGUAGGCCGCCGAGUAUGCCUUGUGGCCGGGGUCCUGCUUGUGCCGUAUCGUCCUCAGGAGCUGCCCAACGGUGUUCCUCUCGUCACCCGGACCACCCACCGCUGCGGCCGGGGAACCGUCGGCUGGUGGGGGCGAGGGCGGUGGCGUGUCGACCGCCUUCCUCCUGGCAAUAGGCGAGGGGACCGUGUCACGUGCUGACCGGCCGGUGGCGCCUUGCAGCUCCAUGUGGUUGGCUGUCCGACCGCUGUCCGCGUGACGUGAGGCUACGGGAGGUGGGGGUGGGGAUGCGGGUGACGUUGGCCCUAAGUCAAUGCACGCAACAGAGACGACAUAUACGGGAGCCGACACGCUGUCCAGUGUUCUUCUCCCCCUCCCUCUCUCUCACCUGCGGCAUUGCCCUUGGGUGCAUCCAUGGUCGGCUUCAUCAUCAAGUACCGCCGGGCCUCCUGGUGGCUCGUCCUCACCUCGAAGGGCUCGUCCACCGCUAUCGGGCCCCCCUUCUUGACCCGCUCCAGCACCUGCGUCACGUCGCCCAGCAGCCAGCCCUUCUUCGGGUCGCGAGUCACGCCCCAAUCAGCGGCGAACAGCUCCCCCUGGCUGUCGUGGAAGGGCCCUGCGAGCACCUCAUACGCGCUGUUUGCGCCAUCGACGCUGCGCACAGAGAACUGCACUCCUUGAUAGCCCGGAUGGUAUGCCGAUGUCCUGUUGGGGUCGCCUCGCUUGUAAAGCGGCUGCCGCAGUUGCUCCUGAAGACCGUCUUGCUGGGAGGGAGGGCCGUUCGGAUGAGGUGGGGAGGGAUAGGGGUAAGUGGCGGCCGCUGACAUUGUCUGUGGAUGGGGGAUGGUGGGCGUCGAAGCGGCAGCCGAUGGGCCUUCAGCUGCAGGGCCUCCAUCACAAGCCCCACGGUCACCCUCCACCCGACCUGCCGCACUGUCCCGCCGCCUGCCACCGGGAGAGUGGCCCUCCUGGUCGAUGUCCAUCGCCGCUACUAAGGCUGCUGCAGAUGGCUGAUGGGCCGCCGAGGGAUUCUGCAUGGCUGGAACGACGCAGGCAGCCUCAGCCCGGGGUGAAGGUGAAGCAGCGGCAUCAAUGGAUGAAGGCGGUUGACCGAGAUGGGUGGCUUGGGCCGUCAUCGUCACUCUUGUUGCUGCUGCGUUGUGGAAGGUGUCAUUAAACGUGUUGCGUCGUCCCUCAAGCCGGAUGACGCCCUGUGGUCGUCGAACGGUCGUAGUGACUGAUCUCAGUGGGUGAAGAACGAUCAGCAGGGCUGUUCAGCAGAGAUCUACCGCCAAAGGCAUCGUUGCAAG